AUCAAAAUUUCACAUUCUUUCCAAUAAAUCCCUCAAACAACACCCACAACUCAAAAUGAAGCUGAACUUCCUCCUUACCGCGGCUCUCGUUGCUGCUCCUGUCAUGGCCGCCUCAAGCACUACAACAUCGACUGAGACCGCCAAGGCGACCAAGACCAGUGCCGCCUCCAAGACCUCCAAAGCCGCUGCUGCUCCUACUAUGGGUGUCGAUAUGUUGGGUGUUGCAGGUGUCGCUGGUGUCAUUGCUGCUAUGGCUCUUUGAUUGACUGCCUGACGCGUGUGCUAUGAGCUUAGCGAGAAUAUUUUUCUGCGACUCCUGCAUAGUUACUUUCUUGACUUUAUUACAAUCAAUUUACAAACGCACUAUUAAUUCCUUAUCACAAUGAGUACA